GAUGAGAAAGCAUUAAGAGUUGAAUUGUUUUUGAAAUGAUUUCACACUAUCACCAUAUAUGGGAAACACUUCAAGUUGCAAACCAAGAGUUGAGACAGUGGUUAAAAACCAACCAAGAACAACCCACUGACAAUAACACGACUAGUAAUAACUAUCCUUCUACUACGAGUGGUCCUAAAGAGUUGUAUCCUCGUACCCAACCGUCUAAAAAUACUUCUAUGGUGGAGUUGGAAAUGGAAUUGGUCAAAGAAUUGGAACAAUCUUUGUCAGAAAUAGAUUCUGUUGAUAUAUCUUGUUACCCAUCAAAACCUAAUAGAAACCAACCCACGAGAAAGAAUAGAAAUAGGUCACAACAUGACUAUUCUCUUCCUUCAACUCACUCACGGAGUCAUAUCGAAGGUCCUGUUAUUAUAGACUCUAUAGAAAUGAAAGAUAAUGACUCUAUAUGGCUUCACCAUAAUAUUCAUCGCAAUGUAUGUAAGACAAUUGAUUGUAUAUUGGACCGAGAUGCAAAAUCCUUGUCCAAAAUGAAACAAAGUUGGCAAAAACUACAUCAAUGGAGUAAACACUUACAUCCUUAUUUGGAAAAGAAGAAGCAACAAAGAACAGUUCAUCACAAUUCCAAUGACUCCAAGGAAUAUGUUGAUAUGAAUAUAAAAGGAGACUCCUUUUUGUCUGAUCAUUCACUUAAAGUAUGCAUUGAAAAGACUCCCUUUUAUAAGCGUUUGAUAUUUCCUAAUGGCAAUUGUAAGGAAAUAUAUUCAGAUGGGAGAAGGGAAACUUAUUAUGCUUCAUCGCAUAUUCAUAAAAUUGCAUUUCCUAAUAAUGGUUAUACUUUUAUAUUCUUUCCCAACGGACAAUUGGAAAGACACUUAUCGGAUGGAAGAGUAGAAGUGAUUUAUGCGGAUGGUUCUAUAGGUCUGAUGUCUAAGGAUGGUAUUCAAGAGAAAUUGUUUCUAAGAAAUGGUAAGGUUGUAUAUAGAAAUAGAAUGGCCAAUCACACAUAUGAAAAAGAGAAUCAAUAAAAGGAGAAUAAGAAUGACAAAUGGACUUUUUAUGCUUUGUAUUAUUGUGUAUGUGAGAGAGAGAGAGAGAAAAGUAUAUCCAUUUACAAUUCCAUUCAUUUAUCGUAGAGAUAAGAGACGCUUUUGUUUUCCUUUUGUUUUUUGUGGUUGUUGAUGAUCAAUAUUUUCAAUGGAGCAAGUUUGAUUCUCUUUCAUUUUAGGUCCUACUACCAACUAGUGAUAAUCAACUUUUGCUCCGUAUAGAUUCAACACAACUUACCUCUGUAAUAUCAGACAAGGGACGACGUGAUGGAUAAACCCACUUUUUUUUCUCUACAUGACUUGGAGACAUUUUCAUAAGACCAGUUGGUAGAGGGUUUAUAUUUUCUUUUUCUUGUUGCCACCCAUUGUUAUUAUUUUGUUGUUGUGUAAAAGAAGAAGACUUGUAGGACAUAAGGAAUUGUAGUCACACACAGAGAGAGAGAGAGAAAGAGAUGUACAAAUCCAGUAAUCAAGAAAUCUCCAUUAGUACUA